AUGUCCAACGACAUACCAACAGAACCUACAGAGGGCACUCAACCCGAGCAGAACGAUGUUCUCCGACGCCCAUCACUCGUGCCACCACGAACGCUCUCCGACUCCGGGCGGCGCAUCUCCUCCCAACAUGUGCGCUUUUCAACCGAUCUCGAUCGCGAGUCGACCGAGGAACAACGACAGACAAACUGGGACCGACGUCCCAAUUCCCAAGGACUAAUUGUGGACACGGCGCUGGCGCCGCCAUUGGUUCGACCCGCUUCAUCUCCCACCUCUCCUCUCUCGCCUCCCAAUGCCACCAAAAAUGCGACCCUCUCCCCCAUUUCCCCGUUGAGUCAUGAAUCCGUCGGUCGGUCUCGUUCGCGAAAUCGUGGAUACUCACUCCGUCGCAGCAUUUUCAAUAAGACCAUUCACUCAACGGGCAAGGAUGAUCUCGCCCAGGUUGAGCUGGGUGAGGUCAAAGCACCCUCAUCUGAUGUGACUACCGCUAUAACUCCGGCUGCUGAGACGCUUACUGCCGCCGAUGAGAAGCACGCUCCGAGCAUCGCACCGACUGCAAACAUUGACUCAACCCAUAGGGAGCAUGCUUCUCCCUGUGUCUCCUCUGAGCUCCCGGAGAGGGGCCUUAAGGAGAAGUUUUCCGUGUCUGUAGCCCAGGAGAAGUGGCUUCAGAAGAAGGCGACUACCGCAGUGGCUGUCGCACGCUUCCAGGCUGUUAUGACGUCUAUCCAGAAGUUCGUUCUGCGCAUCGAGGACAUUCCACCUACUCAAGAUGGGCGCCACAUUGAUUUGAAUCCAUCCAUGGCAAGUUCCAUGAUUGAUGAGCGCACGGGGAAGCCUUAUAUCGGAAACUUCAUUCGUUCGAGCCGUUACAGUCUCUGGAGUUUCUUCCCUCGCCAACUCUUCGCCCAAUUCACCAAAGUCGCCAAUCUCUACUUCCUAAUCGUCGCCAUCCUGCAGAUGAUCCCUGGCCUAAGUACCACUGGAACAUACACCACCAUUGUCCCGCUUUUGAUCUUCGUUGGUAUCUCGAUGGGCAAGGAGGGAUUUGAUGAUUGGCGCCGUUAUCGCUUGGACAGGGAAGAGAACAACCGGGAUGCUUGGGUGCUCCGCCCAGGCCACUGGACGAUUCACGAUGGCGCCUCCGUGAUCAGUAACGCUCAAGAUUGGGAGCGGAUCAAAUGUGAGGAGAUUCGUGUCGGAGACGUUAUUAGACUUGAGCGCGACCAGCCAAUUCCCGCUGAUAUUGCCCUACUUCACGCCAACGGACCCAACGGCGUCGCUUACAUUGAGACCAUGGCUCUUGACGGCGAGACAAAUUUGAAGAAUAAGCAGCCUUGCCAGCCUGUCAGCAAAGUCUGUUCGACUGUAGAAGACAUCUUUAGCAACUCCUUGCACUUCGUAGUUGAGGACCCCAACUUGGAUCUCUACAAGUUUGACGGUCAUGUCACCGUCAACGGCCAGGAGAAACUUCCUUUGACCAACAAUGAGAUUGUUUACCGUGGCAGCAUCCUUCGCAACACUGACCGCGCUCUGGGUAUGGUCAUUUACACCGGCGAGGAAUGCAAGAUCCGCAUGAACGCUAAUAAGAACCCGCGAAUCAAGAGGCCCACUCUCCAGGAUAAGGUCAACCGUGUGGUCAUGUUGAUCGUAGUUUUGGUCGUUAUCCUAGCCGUUGUCUGCACCGUGGCCUACAAGUUCUGGUCUCGCGACGUGGAGCAACAUUCUUGGUAUCUUGAUGAUGCCAGUGUUUCUUACGGCCCAAUUUUCACAUCGUUCCUGAUCAUGUUCAACACCAUGAUUCCCAUCUCCCUCUACGUGAGUAUGGAAAUCGUCAAAGUUGCCCAGAUGGUGCUUCUGAACGAUAUCGACAUGUACGACCCCGAAACCGACACCCCGCUCGAGGCGCGCACAUCGACCAUCAACGAGGAGCUCGGUCAAGUCAGCUACAUCUUCUCUGACAAGACGGGUACUCUGACCAAUAACUCCAUGCGCUUCCGCAAAAUGAGUGUGGCUGGAACUGCUUGGUUGCACGAUGCCGACCUCCAAGAGGAGGCUGCUCGUGCAGGUGACCACACCAAGUUGAUCCACAAGAAGCGGAGCGCAAAGGGCAAGAAGGCAAUGGGCCGCAAGUCCAAUGUUUCCGAGGCUCAGAUGCCCCGUCCGUCGAAUGUUUCUGGGCCUGCUGAUGCUCUCCGUCAGUCUGGCCGCUCGGCUACUACAUAUCGUACGGAAGAGAUGCUGGAAUACAUUCAACGCAAGCCUUACACCAUCUUUGCCCGAAAGACGAAACUGUUCAUUCUGUCCAUGGCCUUGUGUCAUACUUGCAUUCCCGAAGAAGACGCGUACGGAAACACCACUUUCCAGGCUGCAUCCCCAGAUGAGUUGGCUCUUGUUCUUGCAGCGCAGGAUCUAGGAUAUCUCGUCGUGGAUCGCCAAUCCAACACGCUGAUCAUUCGCACAAAACCGGACGGACUGGACGAAGCUACCAACGACGAAGUCUACGAGAUCAUGGACGUGAUUGAGUUCUCGAGUGCACGAAAACGCAUGUCCGUCGUUGUUCGCAUGCCCGACCAGCGCAUCUGCCUAUUCUGCAAGGGUGCUGACACCACGUUGAUGCGUCUCUUAAAGCAGGCGGACCUGGCACGUGAGAAGGCGACUGAGAUCGAGCGCCGAGCAAGCAGGCGCAAAAAUGCCGAGGCGAACCAGGUCAUCCGACGUAACAGCGAGCACCAAAGCCGGAAGAACAGUGUCGCUCGAAGCAGCAUGACGCGGCCAAGCUUCAGCCGUCGACGCUCAUCGGUUACUGGCCAACAAGGUUCUGAUCUUCGCGCCAGUAUCGAUGGUUGGCUACGCGACAGGGAAACGGAUGGUGGUAUGCGGAACAGAGAGGCUGAUAGCGAGUACUACAGCCCUCGGCCUUCAGCGCAAAUGGGCAGACCCUCGGCCGUCCUCUCAGACUCUGGAAGCUCUAUGAAUGGCGACGACGAUGAUGAUCUUGUGGAGGAGGCACUGGUUGUCAACGAGGCGGCCAUUUUCGAGCGCUGCUUCCAGCAUUUAAACGACUUUGCCACUGACGGUUUGAGAACUUUGUUGUAUGGCCACCGGUUUUUGGACGAAGCGACCUACACCAACUGGAAGACUGUGUACAAUGAAGCUUGCACUAGCCUUGUUGAUCGGCAGCAGAAAAUCGAGGACGCUGGCGAGCAGAUUGAGCAGCAGCUGGAGCUUACUGGCGCCACUGCUAUCGAGGACAAGCUGCAAAAGGGCGUGCCGGAGGCUAUUGACAAACUACGACGAGCCAAUAUCAAGAUGUGGAUGCUGACUGGUGAUAAGCGGGAGACUGCUAUCAACAUCGGCCACUCGUGUCGUCUGGUUAAGGAGUACUCGACACUGACUAUCCUGGAUCAAGAGAAUGGCGAUGUUGAGCAGACGAUCACGCAUCUUAUUGAGGAGAUUACCUGUGGCCGUGUGGCGCAUUCCGUGGUUGUGGUUGAUGGCCAUACACUUUCGUUGAUCGAAGUGAAUGAGGUGGUGCGUGAACAAUUCUUCCAACUGGCUGUCAAGGCAGACUCGGUCAUCUGUUGCCGAGCGAGCCCGAAGCAAAAAGCGUUCUUGGUGAGAUCGAUCCGAAAACAGCUCACCGACGCAAUCACACUUGCCAUUGGAGACGGCGCCAACGAUAUCGCCAUGAUCCAGGAGGCCCAUGUGGGUAUCGGAAUCACUGGAAAGGAGGGAUUGCAGGCAGCACGUAUCUCGGACUACUCGAUUGCGCAGUUCCGCUUCCUUCUUAAGCUGCUUCUGGUACACGGUCGGUGGAACUACAUACGUGCCUGCAAGUAUACACUCGGUACGUUCUGGAAGGAGAUGCUGUUCUACCUGACCCAAGCGCUGUAUCAGCGCUGGAAUGGCUAUACUGGCACCAGUUUGUACGAGCCGUGGAGUCUGAGUAUGUUCAACACGCUGUUCACCUCGCUCGCUGUCAUCUUCCUGGGUAUCUUCACCAAAGAUCUCUCAGCAUCAACACUGCUAGCCGUGCCGGAGCUCUACACCAAGGGUCAACAACACGGAGGCUUCAAUACACGGCUCUAUCUGGGCUGGUCAUUCAUGGCGGCUUGCGAAGCAGUGAUCAUUUUCUUCACGAUGCGGAGUCUUUUUGGCCUCGCAAACAUCAACACCAGCGGCAACGACAUCUUCUCCCUGGGCCUACUCACCUUCUCCGCGUGCAUUAUCGUCAUCAACGUCAAACUCCAAGCCCUGGAAGUCCACAACAAAACGUACAUGUCGCUAAUUGUAAUUAUCAUUUCCGUCGGCGGCUGGUUCGUGUGGGAUCUCAUCCUCGACCGUGAAUACACCAUGUCCUCCGGCAAAGGCAUCUACUUCCUCCCCUCCAACUUCGUCCAUCACUCCGGCCAUAACCUCCUCUUCUGGACUGUCCUCCUGCUGUCUGUCUCAGCCGUUCUUCUCUUCGAGUUCACUGUCUCAACCCUCCGCGCCCUCUUCUUCCCAACAGACGUCGACAUCUUCCAAGAAUACGAACAAGAUCUCGACAUCCGCAAGCGCUUCGAAGAGGCCGCUGCCUCGGAACUCCAGCAGGGCUGGGACCAUGGGACCAAGAGAUCAAGUUUCGAGAUCGCCCGUGAGAACGCCGAGAAGGCUGAGAUGGAUGCCCGUGAACGCCAGGUCCGCGAGCUGCUCGCCCGCCCCCGCGUGAUGGACUCCAAGCUUGACCCCACGGAACUCGAGGUUGAUGGCUUCACCAGUGCCAGCGCCAGCGCCACGGCUAGUCACAACAGCAGCACGCACAGCCACAAUGCUGAACCGGACCGUGGUCGCCGGUCUGGCUUCCUCUGUCCCGAAGAUGCCAUUGGGCGCCGACGCUCCGUUGAGAUCCAGGAUCUCUUUUUCAAGGGAUAUGGUGCUGUGCGCAAGGGCCAGCUGAAAUGA